CGCUCAGACCCUUUCUUCCUUUCCUCAACCCCGCAUCCAUAGGAAAGAGCUCAUCUCAUCGGGGGUGGGGGGCCGAGCUUACAUUACGUUCAGAGAGUAAUGCAGAGGCAAGGAGCUACGGCUCUCGGAUCCCCUGACCUCACUGCAAGAUGAGUAGACAGGCCAAGUCGUUGGGGAGAGGGGGCAUGUGGGUUGCCACCGAGGGGCUCAUCGUCCCUUGAUGCCUCACCAACCACUCGACAAUGUCCUCCCUCCUCAAGCGACGAAGCGCCAAGUCAGCUUCUCCGAGCAGCAGGACUCGCUCUGUGACGCCAUUUGAAGAACAGCCCCAAGUCACCUCCAGUCGCAGCACAGGCUUUCUCUCUAGCUUGCGACCUCGCUCGGCAGAGGCAUCGCCUGGCGCCAAGGAUACCGGCCGAUCCUUCUCUUGGAGUCAGACAUACGCUCGCGUUGACCCUAACGAAUUCAGGGACAAACAAGACGACAUUGGAGGGGGCACUGAGACAAGGCUCUUACCUCACAAUGCCACGCCAGCUUUUGCCUCCUCAGGCCGAUUUGGGUCAUUCUCUGGGAUAGUUGACAAGGAUACAACGUCUUUGCACUCGAUCGAGGACCUGGCGCUUCACAGACCGGCCCCACAUCAGACUUCGGAAGGCGAUGAUGCGGCACCUGAGAUCGCACCGAGAAGGAGCAGCAUCGCCUCCACUCGCCCACCUCCUGUGGAAGUGACCAUUGAAGUCAGCAAAGAGCAGCUGAACCACUCUCGCCACGCAUCGGUGGAAUCAACGCUGGAGGAACAGGGGUUCCGCUUCAACGCUACGCCUAGCCCUCCCGCUCUUCCCUCCGCACCGAAUGGCACUGGGCCUCAUCAUCCGUACGUCUUCCGGCUCACUCCGCCUUCGGGAGAGAGAGGGGAAGCGACGUACUUGAGCGAGUAUGCUACGGUCGAUGGGGAUGAAGACGUGCGGGAGGUGUUGAUGCAUCCCAGAUUUGGGCCCUCCGACGCGGGUGAGCUGGGGAUCGCCCGUGUGCUCUACGCUGCCCUUGCUGAUCUCCUUCGAUCUCCUUCUCGCCGCAGGCCUCGGUCGCGAAACCACCCCUUACACAACUGUCUCCGUCAAAUCUCAGUACGAAUGGUCCCCCAAACAAACGCGCGACAUUCUCGAACAAUGGCUCCUCGUCGCCAUGCUCCUCGCCGGUUCCAGCAGCUCGGCACUCAGUCUCUACGCCAAGGCCGAGCCCGAGUCAAUGGCUAUGACCCUUGCCUACCGCAUCGCGACGGGCUCAGCGUACGCUUCACUCAGCGUGAGCAUCUUUGCAGCCCUUCUAGCGGCGGCGCUCAUGGUCGCGGCCGUCUCGCUGCAGAUGCCGAGCGAUUUGGCAAGGAAGAGUAGAUGGGGUAGGGUUUUGGGGAAGUGGCGGGACACCAAAGCGCGCCAUCAUGGCGGCCAAGACGGCAAGGGGACGAGCAAGACCAAGGAGAGUGGGACGGAGCU